CACCUUUUAAAGAGGAUAAAGAAGAAGGUACAGAGGAUAAAUUUGAGAAGAAAGAAGAGGAGAAAGCAGAAGAACCUUCAACAUCUACGGAGGAUGAAAAACUCAUUCGAUUCAUUGGAGAAGAUGAAAACGUUUAUUCCAGACCUCUAUCUGGAUCAAAUAGGUUAUCUUCAUGGAGAGAAGCAGCUAAUGAAGGUACAUUGGCCUCAACGUAUCGUGAAGCAAUAUCUAUAAUUGAACAUAUGCAGGACAAGUUAAUAGAGCUUGAAAACCGAGCCAGACAAGCAGAGGAGAAGUUUGAUGACACAAAUGAAAAGCUUCAUUUUACCCUGAUAAGAAAUAAAGAACUGGAGGAAGUAGUGCAGUCUAGGAAGAAGGAGCUGGAAGGAGAAGAAAAACAUGAAGGCGAGAGAGCAGCAGAAGAAGAAAAAGAAGAAGAGGACAUUUCAGCAGGCACUUCCGUAAAACCUUUACAGAGAGAGAGCUUGGAAACAAACAAAAAAAACAAAAAUGUACUGCACUAG